AUGGCUAUGACCGGCGUUACGAAUGGUGCAAACGGCGUUACCAACGGCCACAUCACCAGCUCGUCACCACUGGAGCUCCUAGUUCGAGGGAUCGACAAGCAAAGCAAGGUGUUUACGGAUUACCUUCGGGCUAACGGGCUUCCCGAGCCAAGCUUCGAGCGUGACACACCCAUCAUCAACCUGCCUCCACAUGUUCCCGAGGACAUACAGGUUGCCAAGGAGCAGCUCCUGGACCACGCACUACAGAUCUUCCAGCUUGUCGCCGGGCCCGGCGAGUAUUUGCAGAAUGUUAUCACCGGCUACCACUAUAUGGAAAUUAUGCGGUGGAUGAGCCACUUCAAGAUCUUUGAACUGGUUCCCCUGGAGGGCAAUAUUUCGUACGCAGAACUGGCGGUGAAGGCCGGCGUGUCAGAGCUGCGGCUCAAGUCUCUAGCCCGCAUGGGCAUGACAAACCAUCUCUUCGCUGAGCCCGCACUGGGCUUCAUCGCCCACUCGGCCACAUCUGCAGCACUGGUCACAAACACUAGGUUUUCCGACCAGAGGGUGUGGAUGACCAGUGUCAUUGCCCCGGUCAUCGCGUCCAUGGUCACUGCCCACGAAAGAUGGCCCGACAGCACGGCACCCAACAACAGCGCUUUCAGCGCCGGCUUCAACACUAACCUCGGCAUGUACGAGUACAUCGCUAAGCAACCAGAGCUAUAUAAGCUGUUUGGGCGUGUUAUGGAUGCAGUCGCCAGCAGCCCCAAAAGCGACCUGAAGCACCUUGUCAGCGGUUUUGACUGGGCCAGCCUCGGCAAGGCCAAGGUCGUUGAUGCAAGUUCUUUCUCCCUAAUCCAUCCUGGGUAUAUUAAACUGACUGAUUUUAUCGGAAUAGAUCGGCGCUGUGUGACCCUGGCCAAGGCGUUCCCCGACUUGGAGUUCAUCGUCCAAGACAUCCCGCAUGUCGUCGAAGAGGGUAUCAAGGUCGUCGGGGAGAACAGCGAGGCCAGCAUUGCCGAUCGCAUCAAGUUCCAAGAGUACGACUUCUUCAAAAAGGAGCCCGUGCAAGGGGCCGAAGUCUACCUCUUCCGCCAGAUCUUCCACAACUGGGACUUUGAGAAUUCAGUUAAGAUCCUGAAGAACACGGUCAAGUCCAUGAGCGAGGGCUCGCACGUGGUCAUAAUGGACUUUGUCAUUCCCGAACCCGGCAUUGUUUCCUCGGUAAACGAGCGCGUGCUUCGCUCUCGCGAUGUCGGCAUGAUGCAGCUGUUCAACUCUCUGGAGCGCGACCUGGAGGGCUGGAAGGCCAUCUUGGAAGCCGUGGACUCGAGACUCAAGAUCAAUACUGUGAACACGCCCUAUGGAAGUUUCAUGUCG